ACUCCAGACGAYGUAAUGGCGAAGGUUUCCUUGAACAGCAAAAACAUUAAGAUGGAAAAUGGCAUCCUGCUGCCAACGCUCCAGUCGGCUCUGCCUUUUCUCGAUCUCCACGGGACGCCCCGGCUUGAAUUCCACCAGUCUGUUUUUGACGAACUUCGUGAAAAACUUAUGGAAAGAGUUGCAACCAUCGCAGAGGGAAAAGAAGAAGACAGGUACACAAAGCUUGAAGAGCUGCUGGAGAAGAGUUUUCCUCUUGUUAAAAUGACUUCCAUUCAGCCAGUGGUGAUGCAGGUGCUGAAGCAUCUACCUAAGGUGCCAGAGAAGAAGCUGAAGAUGGUAAUGUCUGACAAAGAACUGUACAAGGUGUGUGCCGUUGAGGUGAAACGGCAGAUCUGGCAGGACAACCAGGCUCUGUUUGGGGAUGAGGUGUCGCCCCUUCUCAAACAGUACAUAGUGGAGAAGGAGGCAGCUCUGUUCAGCAGCGACCUGUCUAUCCUGCACAACUUCUUUAGUUCUUCACCAAAAACACGACGCCAAGGAGAGGUGGUGUCAAAGCUGACCCAGAUGAUUGGGAAAAAUGUGAAGCUGUACGACAUGGUCCUGCAGUUUUUACGAACGCUCUUUCUUCGAACACGAAACAUCCACUACUGCACACUGAGAGCAGAGCUGUUAAUGUCUYUACACGACCUGGACAUCAGUGAGAUCUGCUCGGUAGACCCCUGCCACAAGUUCACUUGGUGUUUGGAUGCCUGCAUUCGUGAGAAGUUUGUGGACGGCAAGCGAGCUAGAGAGCUGCAAGGUUUUCUGGAUGGUGUGAAAAAAGGACAUGAGCAGGUCCUCGGAGACUUGUCUAUGAUCCUGUGUGACCCGUUUGCCUGCAAUACUUUGGUGCUGAGUAUUAUAAGGAACCUACAAGAACUGCUAAGUCAAGAUGCUUUGCCAAGAGACAGCCCAGACCUGCUGCUGCUGCUGAGGAUGCUGUCUCUGGGUCAGGGAGCCUGGGACAUGAUUGACAGCCAGGUCUUCAAAGAGCCUCGUUUGGAUUUGGAGGUGGUGACCCGCUUCCUGCCUUCAAUGAUGUCUGUUGUUGUUGAUGAUCAUAUCUUCACUGUAGAGCAGAAGCUUCCAAAUGAAGAAAAGAGCUCUCAGUCAUAUCCCACCGCCCUCCCAGAUGCAUUCACCAGGUACCUGCAGAACAAUCGAGUGGCCUGUGAAAUGGGGCUUUACUAUGUGCUACACAUAGCCAAACUGAGAAACAAGAAUGCCUUGCAGAGGUUACUUCCUGCUUUAGUGGACACCUACAACGACAUGUCUUUUGGUGAUAUCUUCCUGCACCUGCUGACCGGACACCUCACGCUGCUCUCAGAUGAGUUUGGAUCAGAGGACUUUUGUUCUGUUGUCUUUGAUGGUUUCCUUCUCACUUCGUUCUCCAGUAAAGAAAAUGUCCACAGACACAUCCUGCGCAUGUUGCUUCAUCUGCACCACAAAGUUCUGCCCUCCUACAUGGAAACUCUGAUGAAAACUCUUGAACCUCCUAAACAGUGCAGUGAGCCACUGAAGGACUUACACAGUCAGCUGACAGAGAAGCUGGAGGCCCAGAAGAAGAGCCCACCACCCCCUGACGAGGCUCCAGCCCUGGACCUGGGACUGCACCCAGUUUCUGUGCCCCCCACCCCCUCCACACCAACCACCCCCCUCUGAGACCAGGGCCAUGAAUGGACUCAUCCUCUUUCUUUUACACAUUUAGCUUCUGUAGAUCUUAGUCUUCCAGCUGUGACAGUGUGAUCAACCCAAAUAUAUUUCUGACAGUUUUUUAAUGAAAAAUUUGUGCUCCUGCAUUUUUGUCCAGAUUUCCAUUAUUUUCUUAUGUAAUCUGGUUAUCUGUGUGUGAUAUUUGAACUGUCAGCAGAGCAGGAACCUUGUAAAUAAACAGUUAUGUGUGAACUCUU